CAAAUGACAGACUCAAUAAUUCCUCUGUAUUGCAAAAUAAUUGCAAAAUAUGUGAAUUUCACACACAAGAAACAUAGCUGAGGAGGAAAUAACUCACUUGUCACUUAUAUUUAAGCUUUGAUCUGGCAGAUCUGGUUUCCUUGCAGACAAGAAGAUAGAAGUGUUUAAUAGGGCUGUUUUUCUUGUUAGCAUUGUUUUAAUUUGAUCUUAAUUCUCAAGAUAAAAUUAAUAAACUCUGGUAGGGCAAGUUAGAUUACCAAGUAAGGAAAAUAAAACGUGGUAUGUUGUAGCAUUAUAAAGCAGGAGAUACAGAAUCAUAAAAUAGUAAUCAUAGAAUAUAAAAAUUGUAAGAAAUGUAUCCUAAACUAUAGAAUCCUUGCUGUUCAGCAAUUUUGUUAACAAAUGUGAAAGGAUGAUGCCCAAACUCAAGGGCUAUGAAUUUUGGAAAAACACACUGAGAGAGGCCCGUUUUGUGGUUGCGCCCAUGGUGGAUCAAAGCGAAUUGGCUUGGAGACUGUUAAGUCGCCGUCAUGGGGCCCACCUAUGUUAUACUCCUAUGCUGCAUGCUCAGGUCUUUGUCAGAGAUGCCAAUUAUCGUAAGGAAAACUUGUAUUGUGAAGUGUGCCCUGAGGACAGACCUUUGAUUGUACAGUUCUGUGCCAAUGAUCCAGAAGUGUUUGUCGAGGCUGCCUUGUUAGCUCAAGACUACUGUGAUGCAGUUGACCUGAAUCUGGGGUGUCCUCAGAUGAUUGCAAAAAGAGGUCACUAUGGAGCAUUCCUGCAAGAGGAGUGGGACCUUCUCCAGAGAAUGAUUGCAAUGGCUAAUGAAAAGCUCUCUGUACCUGUUACAUGCAAAAUCCGUGUUUUCCCAGAAAUUAGUAAAACUGUGAAAUAUGCUCAAUUGCUGGAGAAAUCUGGUUGUCAACUUCUAACUGUCCAUGGGCGCACUAAAGAACAGAAAGGACCUCUUGUUGGUGUGGCUUCCUGGGAGCACAUACAGGCUGUGAGAAGGCGAGACUUAUUAGAGAAGAGGAAUAGAGGGGCUAAGAAAGGCAGGAGAUUAAUUUCUCACAGCCGGAAUGAAAUGAAAUUAAAGGCUGUAAAAAUCCCUGUUUUUGCAAAUGGGAAUAUUCAAUACCUCAAAGACGUGGAACGGUGUAUUCAGAAGACAGGAGUUCAGGGCGUGAUGAGCGCAGAGGGCAAUCUUCAUAAUCCCGCUUUAUUUGAAGGAAGAAAUCCUGUCGUCUGGGAGGUGGCUGAGGAAUACCUACAAAUAGUACAGCAAUAUCCUUGCCCGUUGUCCUAUGUCAGAGCUCAUCUCUUCAAACUUUGGCAUCACACGUUGCAGAUUCACCAGCAGCUACGUGAUGAAUUAGCAAAAGUGAAAACACUGGAAGGACUCGUGGCUGUCAACAGGGAGCUGAAGUUGCAUUGCCAGGAAGAAAUAGCGCUUUUGAAGGAAGAAGAGAAACCAAAGGGAGGAUUACCUUUCUUUCACUGGAUUUGUCAGCCAUACCUAAGACCAGGGCCUAAGGAAGCGUGCAACAAAAAUGCCCCAUCUGGCAUAGAAGGAACUACUCGGGGGAAACGAGCUCUGGAGGAUGAAGAAGAUGGGAACUCUGAUUCUCUCUCAAAAAACAAACAAAAGAAGAAGUUAAGGAAUCCCAAUAAAAGCUUUGAUCCCUCAUUAAAACCUAAAUAUGCAAAGUGUGAUCAGUGUGGAAAUCCAAAGGGUAACAAAUGCGUAUUUAAUCUGUGUCGAGGCUGCUGUAAGAAAAGAGCUUUCAGAGAGACAGCAGAUUGUCCUGGUCACGGUCUGCUUUUUAAAACCAAACAUGAAAGGUCUAUUUUGUGGAAAAGUGGCCAAUCCCAUAUGGAAAAUAUUAACCGGACAACACAGCAAGGUGAGGUGGAAGAAACAAUGUUGCUUAAAGAGGCUCUCAAUGGUAUGGCAUGAAACCUUGGAAAGCCCUCCUGGAUCUUCUGACUGCCCUCCCUCCUCCCUCCCUGGGCCAAAGAAACCUCUGCUUCCAGAACACAGCUGUUGACACCACAAGGCCUGUUUUAAAAUUAAUGACAAAUUUUACUUAAGAAAAAGUUACUUUCUCAGGGAAAAGUCCUGUAAUGGAAAUAAAAGGAUGCAAUUAAAGUUUUCAUGCUGUGUUGAAAAGACUUCAAAGACUGAGCCAGAAGUUCUGGCCUUACAAUGCUGCAUUGGAGACAUCUCUAAAGAUACGACCUGCCUGUUUUAAACUUUAUGUAUGGUUUUAAAAUUGGCAAAUAAAGCUUUUAUAAAAGUA